GGGAUAAUCCUUUAUCAGUAGUAUGGGCAGCCUCAUAUCCCUUCAUCCUACAGCACAGGUGUUGAUGCUGAGUAAUGAUGAAAUAUCAGAAUUACUCUCUCUUUCACAUGUUAACCAGGAGUUGAAAAAACGGAGAUGGUUUGCUGUAGAAGCAGUUCAUCUAGCAGUAGAUAUAAGAGCUAGUGCCAGGGGACGAAGUUCAGGGGGUCUUGGAAGUUUUACGACACUGUCUUACCUGGGUAAAGGAAGGAAUAAUGGACUUCGGAACCAGUUUCUUAGAAGACAUUUACUAACUGGAGAUGUAGAUGGAAAUGUUUAUAAAGAAUGGAUGGUUUAUGACAACAUGAUAAAGAUCCAUCGAGCCUAUGGCGAUACACUUCUAGAACACCAAGUAUAUUUGAUAGAUGCUCUCAAUAAAGAAUUUGAAAUCAAAGAACAACUAGAAGAACAAAUAGAUGAAGAAGUAGAAGAACGAGAAGAAGAAGAAGAAGUAGAAGAGGAGAAAAGAGAAGAAACAGGUUUAAAAGAAGAGAACGGAGAUGGAAAAAAUAAAAUUGAGAAGGACAGAGAAGGGAGGAAUGAAAGUGAGAAGGAUGUAGGAGGAAGGGAUGAAGGGGUUUUUAUCUCAAUGUUUCUGAUGCCGGAUAUUAAGAAUGUUGUUCUGAUUCCACAGGUUGGUUGGUUAAUCGAAGGAGUGCUUAAUGCUACAAAAGUUGAAGACAAUAAUACAAUUAUUAAAUACUCUCCUAUCCAGACAAGUGUACUCUCAAGACGAGAGUUGGAAGGAUUAUAUGAGGGAAAGAAAUCAAAUUGUUCAGAUCCAAUAUUCUCUAUUAAUAUUCAACCCAGGGUUUUUGUACCAGAUCUGGUGUUAAAUCUAACACUGUCUGAUAUACCAGACACACUAAUACUGCCAGUUCAGGGUGGUGUAGGAGUUCAUCUACAUUGUAACAACGACGACAUAGGAUAUGUAUGUACACAUAGUAAACUGGAUAUUGUCUAG